AUGGCCGCUCUGGCAAGGGGUCGAGACGCUCUGCGAAAAGUGGAAUUCGGGUGGUUACAAUUGGGAAGACCUGCAGCUGCGUUGUCCACUAGACGACAGUGUUACGCAACCAAUGCCAAGACCGCUGUUCCAUCUAAAAGAUAUGCUACGACUGACCAACUUAGCGAACGUAUGAAAGACACGGCGGAGACUCUGAUCAUCGGCGGAGGAUGCCUUGGGUGUGGUCUUGUUUACCAUUUAGCAAAGGCUGGUAUGAAAGAUGUCGUCUUACUGGAAAAAACAGAACUAACAGCGGGAUCCACCUGGCACGCAGCUGGAUUAUCAACUUUUUACAGCGGUAUAGUUAACAUGAAAAAGAUUCAACAUGAAAGCAUUAAACUGUUCCAAACCUUGGAGAAGGAAACCGGUCAGCAAGUUGGUUUCCACGGACCGGGAACAAUUCGUCUGGCUAAAACACCACAGAGAGUUGACGAAUUUCGUUACCAGAUUCAAAGACACGGAUGGUAUUCAGAUAUUAUCAACCAGAGCAUUAUUACUCCAGAUGAAAUUAAAAAACUACAUCCACUAAUUGACACUGAUCAGAUACUGGCCGGUUUGUACAUGCAAGGAGACGGCCAUAUUGAUCCGUAUUCGUUGACACAAGCAUACGCCGCCGGGGCCCGCAAAUAUGGUGCUGAAAUCUACCAACGUCAGCCGGUCUUAGGAUUGAAGCAAUGCAGCGAUGGUACAUGGGAAGUGGAAACAAAACACGGAAUUAUCAAAGCGAACAGAGUAGUAAACGCUACGGGUUUAUGGUCGCACGAAUUCAGCAAACUGCAUGGCAACCAACUUCCCGUAAUGACAGUGCAACACCAAUAUAUUGUAACGACAACGGUACCAGAAAUCCAGGCGAGGAGCACGGAGCUUCCAGUAUUGAGAGAUAUGGACGAUUCGUAUUAUGUUCGACAAGAAAGAAGCGGGUUAUUGAUUGGCCCAUAUGAAGCAGAGCAUAAGAUGAAGCAACAGAAACAUUGGGUCGAAGGAGUACCUCCAGGAUUCGGCCGAGAGCUGUUUGAAAGCGAUUUAGACCGUAUUGAUAACCAUCUCGAAGCAGCAAUGAGCUUGAUGCCAGUAUUAAAGUCGGCAGAUAUUCAAACAGUGGUGUGCGGGCCAAUAGCUUUUACUCCAGAUUCUAUGGGAUUAGUUGGACCGUACCCAGGGUUGAAGAACUAUUGGUGUUUAUGUGCCGCUGCUGGUGGUAUUAUUUGGUCUGGUGGACUUGGCAAGUACCUGACACACUGGAUAAUGACUGGCGAGCAGCCGCAUGACCUAAUAGAACUCGAUCCAGUCAGAUAUGGGAAGUGGACAAGUAUGGACUACGUGGAAGCUAAGACGAGAGAAACAUACGGGAUGUAUAAUCAUAUCGUGUAUGCAAACGAUGAAAGAUUUGCCGGGCGACCAACGGAGAGGAUUUCUGGUGCGUACGGAAAGAUGAAAGAGAGAGGUGCACAGUUUGUUCACAAUACAGGAUGGGAGCAGCCAGGCUGGUUCGCGUUAUCUGGUGACGAGGCUGGAUACAAGCCAAGUUUUCGGCGUACAAACUGGUUUGAACCGGUUGGUCGUGAAUGCCGUAUGGUGACGGAAAAGGCGGGUGUCAUUGAUUUGUCUUCUGUUGGUAAAUUUGAAGUCAGAGGAAAAGACGCUUCCAAGAUAAUGGAAUAUCUCUGCGCCAGAAGCAUGCCUGAGGUAGGAAAGAGUGUUGUAGCACAUAUGUUAACAUCACGUGGUACAGUCCAUUCCGAGCUCACUAUAUGUAAAUUAAACGAUGUUCGUUAUUUUUGUAUCACGGGAGCUGCUUCUGAACUGUUUGAUAUUAGAUGGAUCGAGACGCACGCAGACAAAGGUGGCUUCGAUGUCAGUGUUCUGAAUGUCUCCGAUGACGGUGGGUGUUUAAGUAUCGCUGGUCCAAAAUCAAGAGAAAUUCUUCAAAAACUUACAACGACUGAUGUCAGUGAUGCUGCUCUCCUGCCAAUGGAUAACGUAACCAUGGAUAUAGCAGGUGUCGAAGUUCUGGUCAUCAGAGGAUCUUCCACUGGUGAAUUGGGAUAUGAGUUUUACCACGAUAAAAAGGACACACUAAAGUUGUACGAAGCGCUGUUAGAGGCUGGUGAACCCUAUGGUAUGGGUGAUUUCGGUUCUUACGCUUUGAAUUCCAUGAGAAUAGAAAGAGGCUAUAGAAGAUGGGGCAAUGAUAUGACAAUUGACUAUGACCCAUAUGAGACUGGUUUAGGACAGUACAUCGAUUUGAAUAAGAGUGCUGACUUCAUUGGAAAGGAAGCAUUGCUGAAGCUGAAAGAGAAAGGAACAAACCGAAAAUUGGCAUUAUUGUCAAUAGCGACCGAUAAUGUAGAUAGCGCCAAAUACGACACAGUUUGGUGCGACAAUAAAGUUGCUGGUUACGUCACAUCCGGUACUUACAGUUAUUCCACCAAUCAGAUUAUUGCGUAUGCAAACCUGCCACUGAACCUUGCGUCUGUUGGUUCUAAAGUUGAGGUGGAGUUAUUGGGCAAACAUUACCCCGCAACAGUUAUAGAAGAACCAAUUAUUAAAGAAAAGUCAGCAAGACUGUAGUAACACAGAAUUAUUGAAUAUUUUGGAAUGGUUUCAAGUGAUGCAACCGUGUCAAAAACAACGGAUGAAAUAUUAAUUACCACUUCGUUCGACGUGACUUUUGAUAAUUGGCGGUUGAGAACAGUAUAUUGGUGAAUGGCAAAUGUUUAAAAGCAGUAAACAAUUUGUCGAG